AUGAUCGCUUACAAUGUCCAUAACGUUAUCCACACUGGUACUGUAAACACCUCAUCGCGCAUGCAGAGAGUUGUUCCUUUUGAUAUUUUUCGAGCAACUAUCCUAGCAUGCGAGCGCAUUUUAUCUCCUUGGGAUUAUUUUAUGCUUGAAUCAUAUACUUGUAUCACCGGGACGACAAGUGAGGAUGUAUUGUUGAUGUUAUUUGCUGGUUCUUCAAGUGGACAAAGUGCUGCGGUUUUACAUAUUUAUCAUACAGUCGCUUAUUAUUUUAAGCCUUACGAAGCUUUACUUAAAAUAAUGAUGAAGCAUGCUUCUACUUAUUUUCCUCAAUCACUUUCAUUAACUGUGCCUAAUAUAAUCGCAUUUGUACUUGCUCAGUGUCAGCCUAAAUUGCGAUGGCAAAUUGGUAUUACUACAUGCACACCUUUUUGUAUCCUUAAAAAUAUGUUCUUUCUUAGUAGACAUGCUCAGAUUCUUCGGCAUAAUAUUGCUGUUCUUAUUUCUUUUGCUUCUUUGGUAGAUGAUCGUAAACUCGCUCAGCUUAUCGAUAAAUUAAUUCAAAGACGUUCCCUACAGUUACGGGUGACUCGAAAAUUACUUCAAUUUUUGCAAUUAACGAGGAAAAUAUUGUCGAAGAAUGAUAUUUCACAAAGCAGGCUCGUGAAUCAGAUUUAA